GAAAGUUAUCAUCAUUUUUAUCACUAAGGGAUCUUAUGUUGCAGUCAAAAUGUUGGUAUCAAGCAAAAAUAUUCAACAAAAAUAUUUAACACUCAAAUAUAAACCGUUCCCAGUUUAUGAAAUGUUCAUACAAAUUCCAGGUAUUCCAAAAAUAGAUACAUCGACCUUUUUGUUGUAUCUAUUUACCAUUCAAUUCCGCCAAAGCCUCGUCACUGUCAACUAGUGUCAAAUUCAUGCGGGUAGUAUGCAUUGUGAAAUCAAAAUAGAUGUCUCACAUAAAAUUUGUAAACCUUGAUAAAGUUUCAUACGAGGUCUGGGGCUUUAAUUAAUUACCCAAUGCUUAUCACAUUCUAAUUGCACCAAAUAUAAGCUUUGCAAAUCACUCAACCAGACUAGAGUCUAAUUCAUUCAUCGACUUGGUAAACAUGUUCGGGCCUUUAGCGUUACUCGCUCUAUUCAUUUCUGGUAACUUCAAUUUCGGUUGGGGUUAUCCCAGUGAAUCACUACCAACUCAAAUCGCCGAUAUUGAUGAAUUCAAUCGAAUUGUUGGUGGAAGUGCAACUAAUGCACCAAUUCCCUAUCAAAUUUCAAUGCAAUACAACAAAAAUGGUGAAUGGAGACAUUUUUGUGGAGGAUCAAUUAUUGCCGAGGAUAUGGUUUUAACUGCUGCACAUUGUGUCCAUGGACAAAAACCGAAUCGAAUGUCAGUACUAGCUGGAACUUUUGAUUUUCGACAAAGAGAUGGAUCUCGUCAUGAGAUUGUUGGUUAUAAAAUUCAUGAUAACUAUCAAGAAUUGGUUACAAGUGAUAUUGCAUUGGUCAAAAUUAAUCCUCCUUUCGAAUUUAACGAGAAGAUUUCAAAAAUCAAUGUUUUCGGAACGAAGAGAGUUGGAAAUAAGGAACCAGUGACUUUAACAGGUUGGGGUUCAAUAUCUCCAUGGAUUUAUGGACCAUUUCCGACAAAUCUUCAAAUGCUCAAUUAUACAACUAUUUCGAAUGCUGAAUGUAAACAGUCAUUUGGGAGAGUUACCGAAACUGAAAUUUGUGCCUAUCAGUUCUUUUUGAAAGGAGCUUGUGCGGGUGAUUCCGGCGGUCCAUUGGUAAACCGUGAUCGUAAUCAACAAAUUGGAAUUGUUUCGUAUGGAACUAGCAUCUGUUCGGCAGGAUUACCUGAUGUUUUUACAAGAGUUUCGGUUUUCGAAGAUUGGAUCAAGGAAACUAUGGCCAGUGACACUACUGAUGAAAAACCAAGUCCAAAUUUAACAUCCUUUAUAAUUUUUGGCCAAGAAGUAUCCUCUUCCGUUCCGUAUAUAAUUUCAAUUCAAUACCAAAUCGCACAUCGACAAUGGAGUCAUGUUUGUGGUGGAUCGAUAAUAUCAUCAAAAUAUGUCCUUACAGCUGCACAUUGUAUGGUACCCUAUUUCGACGAUCCUGGUAUCAAGAAAUUUCGUAUUGUGGCCGGAAUAACUAAUCUUCAAAGCAGAAUUGGCUCCCGACACAAAAUUAUCUCCUACACUCCUCAUCCAAAAUUUGAACAACAUUUCAUGGGUUAUGAUAUUGGUGUGAUAAAAGUUCAUCCAAGAUUUAAAUACAAUAAAAAGACCAUAGCUAAAAUAAGAUUUGAUAGUUCCCAACGAGUUUUGGAUAAUAUUCCAGUGAUUUUGCAUGGAUGGGGAUGGACAGGAUAUGAAUAUCCUGAACGACUUCGUUCAGCUAACUUUACGACAGUGUCAGAAGAAGUUUGUAAAUCAGUGGGAAUUGAUGAUCUUGCUUCGACGGAUUUAUGUGUUGUUAGCCUGAAUCAUAGUCUUAGUUAUAAGGGAGACUCUGGUGGGCCCUUGGUAAAUGAGCAGCGAAAUCUUCAGCUUGGAGUUUGUUCUUAUGGAAUUGAAUGGACUCCAACUACAGUCAACUUUAGCUUCCCAACUAUUUUUACCAGAGUUUCUGAGUUUUCUGAAUGGAUCAAAGGUGAAAUAAAGAUGAACAUUUUAUAUUUAUUAGCGACAACGGUGACAGUUUUGUUAUUUUCGGGGAAAUCAUGCCGUUGUGUUAAAUCGUCAAAAAGUAACCGUGUUAAUCAAAAUAUCAAUCAAAAAAUUACCCGAAUCAUUGGCGGAGAAUUGGCUACCGACCCUAUACCCUAUCAAGUGUCUUUGCAAAAUUUUUACACAAAUUUCAAUCAAUGGCGACACAUUUGUGGAGGAUCAAUCAUUAGCAAGAAUCAUGUUUUGACAGCUGCUCACUGUACAAAUGGAAAACCUGCUGAAAAAUUAUCCGUAGUUGUGGGUACAUCGAAUUGGAAGUCUGGAGGUUUUAGAUAUUAUGUUCAAUCAUAUGUUCAACAUGAGCUAUAUACUUCGAAGGGAAAGGAAACCUAUAAUGAUGUAGUAGUUUUAAAAGUCUCAGUACCAUUUGAGUUUAACGAAAAAAUUGCACCAAUAAGUUUGGCUGAUAAUUUUGGUCGAAGUAUGGAAAUUAAUUAUCCCGUGACUAUAACUGGUUGGGGAGUAACAGAUAUGUAUAGUCAAAUACUUAUACCGGACAAUUUGAUGAUGUUGAAUUAUUCGACAAUAUCAAAUGAAGAUUGCAUACGGAGAGGUUUUAAUGUUUCACCUAAUGAAGUUUGUGCGCUGCAUGGAAGGAAGAAGGGGUCAUGUUUGGGUGACUCUGGCGGUCCAUUGGUGAAUCGUGAGCGCAAUCGUCUAAUUGGUCUUGUCUCAUAUGGUUCUCGUAUAUGUGCCGAUAACAAACCUGAUGUCUAUGUUCGAGUAUCGAAAUACAUUCCAUGGAUUCUCAAAGCUAUCGCAAUUCAUAUUCCAUAAAAGCAAACAAAUAAAUGUAAAACAAAAAAUUCCAUAUAAAAUAAAAAAUAAAAUCAAUUUAAUUGC